UGAACGAAUACCGUCAACGUGAGUGAUGGCUGCUGGAGCUGCAGUAGUGAACUCCGUCGAGAGAUUCUGGGUUUGUGGCUGUUUCUUCACGCACAACAUAUUUCUAAAGAAAUACAAACAACAUGUCACGUAUUUCGACGACAGCAACCUUUUUAAGAGUACUUGGAGAGAGGCUCUAAUGAAGAGGGGUUGCAAAGAUGAAGAUGAAUUAGAUGCAGCAUUGAUUAAGGUCAAAGCAGAAGUGGAGAGAAGAAAACAGCGUGGCAUCCAGCUACUGGAAAGGAAGGAGAAGAUUUCAGCAGGAUACAAGCCUCUGCAUCCCCCGCUAUACACACUGCAGGAGUCGUAUCUUGCCCCAGAGUUUCUGAAGAUUGUUGAAUACUGUCAAAGUAACGAUGCCACUGAGGAGGGUUUGGCUAAAAGAUUAACCAGAGAAAAUGCAAGUCAGGUCUUUUCCUUUCCUGUCUUCACUGCCGAGUUCUGUGAUCGGUUUGUUGAGGAGAUCACACAUUUUGAAAACUCUCCUCUCCCAAAGGGACGGCCAAAUACUAUGAACAAUUAUGGUGUCCUUCUUAUGGAGCUUGGCUUUGACGGGAACUUCCUGAACCCUCUUCGCAUGGACUACCUGGCGCCCAUCGCCUCUCUCCUCUAUCCCGAUGUCGGGGGGAACAGCUUAGACUCCCACAGGGCGUUUAUUGUGAAAUACAAACUGGGGGAGGACGUGGACCUGAACUACCACUUUGACAACGCCGAGGUGACCAUCAACGUGAGCCUGGGCAAAGAGUUCAGUGAUGGGGAACUCUACUUCGGAGACAUGAGACAGAUGCCCCGCGAUGAGACGAAGUACGCCAGAUUCGAGCAUAAGAAGACCAUUGGGCUUCUCCAUAGAGGGCAGCACAUGCACGGGGCCAUGCCCAUCAGCGAGGGAGAGCGCUACAACCUUAUCAUCUGGAUGCGGUCAUCGCAGCAACGUAACCAGCUCUGCCCAAUGUGCGACGAGAAACCAGACCUGGUGGAAAGCGUGGGUUACGGGGAUGGCUUCACAGAUGAGGGAGGAACAGAAGAGGGAAGUCCCUCACACGAGACUGUCGAAAUGUGCGCUGCCCUCUAAGUUUUGCAUCCCAUGAAUUUUUUGUUUGAAUGCAAAGUCCAGGGACAAUUGCAAUCAACAUUGAUCUUUGUUACAUUUUAUUUUGCUUCACAAGAAAGUACAUGCUAUAGAGAAAUCUGCUUUGAGACCUCGGAAUCAAGUUUGUGUAGGAUGAGUUGGAUCAGAGCUGCGUCUAUGGACCCUUCUGCAAGAAUAUCGUAUGGACAUUUCAAGUACUCCA